AAGAGGAGCUCUCUCUCCCCCUCUCUCUCUCUCGGCUCUGCCUCACAUACAGGAAGAAGUUAAAUAAGUGUAAAGAAGAAGAAAACAGCAACAACCCAGAAACACACUUUUUUUUCACUCGCACGUCUUCAGCAGUGUGUGUAUUUCUUGGUUUCUCCGCCUCCCUCGCCUCCUGUCUGGCGCCCUGGCUGAAAUGCAGAAGAGGAAGAGGAGUUGGAGGUGAAUGUGAGGAGGCGCUGCUCUAACGCGUGUGGAUUUACUUUCAGACGAAGGCAGGAGCCACAGACCUUCACGCAUGGAGAACCAGGGGAGAUCUUCUUCGUAGUUUGCGCAAAAGUUCAUAGAAGAACCAUGUCAGAGCACAGAUCCAGUUUCCUUCACCUCGGAGACAUUGUGUCUCUUUACGCGGAAGGCUCGGUGAAUGGCUUCAUCAGCACUCUGGGGCUUGUCGAUGACAGGUGUGUGGUUCAGCCUGAUGCCGGAGACCUUGCUAACCCGCCUAAGAAAUUUAGAGAUUGCCUCUUCAAGGUGUGUCCCAUGAACAGAUACUCAGCCCAGAAGCAGUUCUGGAAGGCAAAACAAGGAAAACAAGGAAAUAACAACACACAGGGAGAUCUUUUCAAGAAGUUACAGCAUGCAGCAGAACUGGAACAGAAGCAGAAUGAGUCAGAGAACAAGAAGCUGCUCGGAGAGGUUGUCAAAUACAGUAAUGUCAUCCAGCUCCUGCACAUUAAGAGCAACAAGUACCUGACGGUGAACAAGCGACUCCCGGCUUUGCUGGAGAAGAACGCCAUGCGUGUUUCCUUGGACAUGGACGGGAACGAGGGCUCCUGGUUUUACAUCCAGCCCUUCUGGAAGCUGCGCAGCGAGGGAGACAAUGUGGUGGUUGGAGACAAGGUGGUGCUGAUGCCAGUGAACGCAGGUCAGCCGCUCCACGCCAGUAACAUCGAGCUGCUGGACAACCCCGGCUGCAAAGAGGUUAAUGCUGUCAGCUGUACCACCAGCUGGAAGGUCACCUUGUUCAUGAAGUUUAGCGACUACAAGGAAGAUAUCCUCAAGGGGGGAGACGUGGUGAGGCUGUUUCAUGCCGAGCAGGAGAAGUUUCUCACCUCGGACGAUUACAAGAAGCAGCAGCACGUGUUCCUCAGGACCACACUGAGGCAGACGGCCACCUCCGCCACCAGCUCCAAGGCUCUGUGGGAGGUCGAGGUUGUGCACUAUGACCCCUGUAGAGGCGGAGCCGGCCAGUGGAACAGUCUCUUCCGCUUUAAACACCUUGCGACUGGGAAUUAUCUCGCUUCCGAGGCAAACCCUGAAUUCAAGGAGACCACAGUGGAGUCCCAAGGAGAGAAUGAAACCGACGCUGUGUUCACCAAGAGGAAGCAUCAGGCAGCAGAGAAGAUUGCGUUCACCCUGGUCUCUGUUCCCCACGGGAAUGACAUUGCCUCUCUGUUUGAGCUGGACGCCACCACCCUGCAGCGGGCCGACUGUCUGGUGCCCAGAAACUCAUACGUGAGGCUUCGGCACCUGUGCACCAACACCUGGGUGACCAGCACCAACGUACCCAUUGACGCAGAGGAGGAGCGGCAGGUUAUGCUUAAGAUUGGCACCUGUCCCACUAAAGAGGACAAAGAGGCUUUUGCCAUCGUGUCAGUUCCGCUGUCGGAGGUCAGGGACCUGGACUUUGCCAACGACGCCAGCAAAGUUUUGGAGUCCACUGUGAGAAAGCUUCAGUAUGGCAACAUCGCUCAGAACGAGAGGAGGUUUGUGACUAAACUCCUGGAGGACCUGGUUUUCUUUGUGUGUGUCGUACCAAACAAUGGCCAGGAUGUGUUAUCGGUGGUCACCUCUACACCAAACCGAGAGAGGCAGAAACUCAUGAGGGAGCAGAACAUCCUCGCCCAGAUCUUUGGCGUCCUGAAAGCACCAUUCACCGAUCAGGGGGAUGGUGCCAUGCUGAGGUUGGAGGAUUUAGGAGACCAGCGCUAUGCCCACUUCAAGUACAUGUUGAGACUCUGCUACCGGGUGCUGCGGCACUCCCAACAGGACUACCGCAAAAACCAGGAAUAUAUAGCCAAAAAGUUCUCAAUCAUGCAGUCUCAGAUUGGGUAUGAGAUCCUGGCCGAGGACACGAUCACUGCGCUGCUGCACAACAACCGCAAGCUGCUGGAAAAACACAUCACAGCCAAAGAGAUCGAGACGUUUGUCAACCUGCUGAGACGCAACCGAGAGCCCAGGUUCUUGGAUUAUCUCUCUGAUCUGUGUGUGUCCAACAAGACGGCCAUCCCCGUCACACAGGAGCUCAUCUGUAAAUUUAUGCUCAACCCCGCCAAUGCAGAUAUCCUCAUCCAGACCAAACUAAUCUCUAACAUAGACAACACCCUGGAUCCCCCCCAGCUGCAGGACGAGGUGGAGGACGAGGAGGUCUGGCUCUACUGGAUCGACAGCCACAAGGAGCCUCACGGCAAAUCCAUCCGCCACCUGGCCCAGGACGCUAAGGCCAACCACAAGAUGGAUGUCGACAUCAUCACCUACUACAGAUAUCAGCUGAACCUGUUUGCUAAAAUGUGUCUGGACCGUCAGUAUCUAGCCAUCAACCAGAUCUCCUGUCAGCUCCCCGUGGAUCUGAUCCUACGCAGCAUGUUCGACGACUGCUUGCCGUACAACCUCCGAGCUUCCUUCUGCCGCCUGAUGCUGCACAUGCACGUGGACCGGGACCCGCAAGAAGCUGUGGUGCCCGUACGCUACGCCCGCCUCUGGACCGAGAUCCCUUCCACCAUCACUGUCCACGAGUUUGAGUACGAUUCCACGGACAGCUCCAGAGAGGAGAUGAAGAGGAAGUUUGCUCCCACGAUGGAGUUUGUGGAAGAUUAUCUCAAAGACGUGGUCUGCCAGAAUUUUCCAUUCGGAGAUAAAGACAAGAAUGAACUGACACUAGAGGUGGUGAAUCUGGCUCGGAACCUGGUUUACUUUGGCUUCUACAGCUUCAGUGAGCUGCUGCGUCUCACACGCACCCUGCUGGCCAUCCUGGAUAUUGUCCAGCAGCCACUGGCCUUCACCAACAAGCUCAACAAGAGCCCAGAGGCUGGCAACAAUGUCCUUCGAACUAUCCACGGCGUGGGAGAGUUGAUGACUCAGAUGGUGAUGAGUCGCGGGGUGCCCCACAGCCUCGCCGACACCCCCCCCUCUCUGCGCUACAGCAAAGGGCACUUCCUGCCGGACAACGAGGACGUCAUGGUGAUGGACACCAAGCUAAAGAUCAUCGAGAUCCUGCAAUUCAUCCUGAGCGUGAGGUUAGAUUACAGGAUCACGUACCUGUUGUCCAUCUACAAGAAAGAGUUUGGGGAGAAGUCCGUCAUUGACAGCUCGGCCUCAUUGGCUGAGAUGCCUUACGUGAUGCCGUCUGAGCCAGACAUCGAUGAGAUUGCCACCAAAGCAGAGAGCAUGUUUGCCGGAAGCUCUGAGUUGGGAGCAGUGGAGCUUGACGAUGAGGGCGGCAGGACUUUUCUGAGGGUUCUGAUCCAUCUCAUCAUGCAAGACUACCCCCCGCUGGUGUCCGGCUCGCUGCAGCUCAUCUUCAAACACUUCAGCCAGAGAUCCGAGGUGCUGCAGGCCUUCAAACAGGUCCAGCUGCUGGUGUCAGCACAGGAUGUAGAGAACUACAAGCAGAUCAAGACAGACCUGGAUCAGCUGCGUCUGACCGUGGAGAAGUCGGAGCUGUGGGUGGAGAAGAGCAGCGUCUACAGCAGCGAGGACCUGGUGGUGAGACAGGGCAACGAGGAGAACACCGAGGAGGUUGUUCAGAGCCCAGUCCAGGACGGUGAUAAUAAACCUCAGAUUGACUUUAACAAGGCAAACAACUAUAACAUUGUCAAAGAGAUCUUACUGCGGCUCAGUAAGCUGUGUUUUCUCGGUAAGAAGAGUCGUGUGCAGCAGCAGAGGCUGCUGAAGAACAUGGGGGCUCACACUGUGGUGCUGGACCUGCUGCAGAUCCCCUAUGAGAAGAGUGACGAGAAGAUGAAUGAGGUCAUGACCCUGGCUCACACCUUCCUGCAGAACUUCUGCAGAGGAAAUCCUCAGAAUCAAGUUCUGCUACAUAAACACUUCAACCUGUUCCUCACUCCGGGGCUGCUGGAAGCUGAGACGAUGCGCCACAUCUUCAUGAGCAACUUCCAGCUGUGCAAUGAAAUCAGCGACCGAGUGGUUCAUCACUUCGUCCACUGCAUCGAAACGCACGGAAGACACGUGCAGUACCUCAGGUUCCUGCAGACCAUUGUGAAAGCUGAUGGGAAGUAUGCGAAGAAAUGUCAGGACAAAGUAAUGACAGAGUUGGUGAACGGCGGCGAGGACGUGCUGGUGUUCUACAACGACCGCUCCUCCUUCUCCGUGCUGCUGCAGAUGAUGGGCUCGGAACGCGAGCGGGCGGAUGAAGACGGAGCUCUGGCCUAUCACAACAUGCUGGUGGAGCUGCUGGCGGCCUGCACCGAGGGCAAGAACGUCUACACGGAGCUGAAGUGCAACUCUCUGUUGCCACUGGACGACAUAGUGAAAGUGGUCACUGACCUCAACUGUAUACCAGAGGUGAAAACGGCCUAUGUGAACUUUGUGAAUCACUGCUACGUGGACACAGAGGUGGAAAUGAAGGAGAUCUACACCUCCAGUCAUAUCUGGAAACUCUUCGACAACUUCCUGGUGGACAUGUCCAGUGUUUGCAACACGACCACCGACCGUAACCAUGCCGAUCUGGGCCUGGAGAAGUAUGUGACAGAGACAGUGAUGGCCAUUGUUAAGGGUUUCUUCAGUUCGCCUUUCUCCGUCAAUCAUUCCAACCUUCAGACAAACCAGUCUAUCUUCAUCAAGCUGCUCCAGUCGUCUUUCAGGCUUCACAACUGCAACUGGCUCAACUCGGCUCAGAAGCCCAAUAUAGAGAGCUGUAUUAAAACUCUGGCGGAUGUGGCCAAAGCUCGUGCCAUCGCCAUCCCAGUGGACCUGGAUAGUCAGGUCAACACUUUGUCCCUGAGGGUCCACACCAACAUGGUGCAGCGAGCGGCCAAGGACUGGAGGAGCACUGCCCGCACGCGACCACGCAAGGAGAUGCUGGGAGACCCCGACUACAAGAACAUCAUCGAGAAGCUGCAGGGGGUCGUGUCCUGUCUGGAGGAGCAGUUCAGCCCGAAGGUUCAGGCAGAGUUUUCCGUGCUGGUGGACGUUCUCCACAGUCCUGAGCUGCUGUUUCCAGAAGCCGCUCGGUUACGCUGUGAGAGCGGAGCCUUCAUGUCCAAGUUGAUCAAACACACCAAGCAGCUCAUGGACAAAGAGGAGAAGCUGUGCAUCAAGAUCCUGCAGACGCUCCGAGAGAUGCUGGACAAGAAGGAGUGCUACCAGGAGGCUGGAAAUGACUUAAGAAAGAUUCUCCUCACACGAUACUUUGGAAAUCAAAAGCUCAUCUCCAAGUCGGAGCUUGGGAGUGGAAUCGGCUCAUCUGGCGGCUUUGUCAAGCCGUCAUCCGGAGGAGGCUCCCCCGUGCUGGACUCUGACAAACCAAGCAGCAACAUGGUGGAGAUCCAGUGUCUCCUGGACAACGUGGGGGCAACAGAGCUGGUGAUUGACCUCAUCGUCAACACUAAGAACGACCGGGUGUUUGAGGAGAGCAUCCUGCUGGGUAUCGCCCUUCUCCAGGGGGGAAACACGCAGACACAGAACUCCUUCUACACCCUACUGUACAAGCAGAAGAGCUCCGAGCGCUUCUUCAAGGUUUUCUACGAUCGCAUGCGUCUGGCCCAGCAAGAGAUCCGAGCCACCGUGUCCGUCAACAUGUUUGAGCUCAGCUGCAGAAAGUGGGACGACGACUCUGACAGCAGCGGCAUCAGGUUAAGAAAAGGGAAAGAGUCGGGGCUUCACAUGAGGGAGGACAUGCGAGAGCAGCUGAAGGAGGCUUCCUCUCAAACCUUGAAGGUCUUCCGCCACUUCAGGAACACGGAUCCCGACCUCGAGGGCCUCGGCAACACCAGCGAGGCAGUCGGGCCUGAGGAGGUUAUCGAAGAAACUCAGAUGAGCCCGGCCAUCACCAUCAUGAAUCCCAUCCUACGUUACCUGCAGCUGCUCUGCGAGAACCACAAUUUAGGCCUACAGAACUUUCUGCGUAACCAGAACAACAAGACCAACUACAAUCUGGUGUGUGAGACUCUUCAGUUCUUGGACUGUAUUUGCGGCAGCACCACAGGGGGUCUCGGGCUGCUGGGCCUUUAUAUAAAUGAGAAUAACGUGGGUCUGGUUCGCCAAACCCUGGAAACCAUCACUGAGUACUGCCAGGGACCCUGCCACGAAAACCAGACCUGUAUAGCCAGGCAUGAGUCCAAUGGAAUUGACAUUAUCAUCGCACUGAUUGUCAACUCCAUCAAUCCACUGGAGAAGCAUCGCCUGGACCUGGUGCUGGAGCUCAAGAACAAUGCCUCCAAGCUCCUACUGGCUAUCAUGGAGAGCCGCCAUGACAGUGAGAACGCAGAGAAGAUCCUCUACAAGAUGAGACCCAACGAGCUGGUGGAUGUGCUGAAGGAGGCGUACAUUCAGGGUCUGGAGUGUGAGGAGAAUGGGGACAGUGUCGGGGACCACAUCAAGCCCAAAGACGUCGGACACAACAUUUACAUCCUGGCCCACCAGCUAGCCAGACACAACAAGAUCCUGCAGCAGAGCCUGAGGCCAGGUUCUGUGCUGGGGCAGGUGUCGGUGGUGGACUCCGACAGUGAGGAGGACGACGCUCUUCAUUACUACGCCAACCACACAGCUCAGAUAGAGAUUGUGCGUCAUGACCGCAGCAUGGAGCAGAUCGUCUUCCCUGUCCCCAACAUCUGCGAGUACCUGACCGAGGAGUCCAAGGUGCGCGUGUUUACCACCACAGAGCGAGACGACCAGGGCAGCAAGGUUAACGACUUCUUCGACCAGUUUGACAACCUCUACAAUGAGAUGACGUGGCAGAAGAAGAUCCGCAAAAAUAAGGUUCUGUUUUGGUUCUCACGGCAAAUCUCUCUUUGGGGGAGCAUCUCCUUCUACCUGGCCUGCCUCCUCAACAUCGCUGUGGCCGUAUUUUACCCAUUUGGUGAUGACGGAGAUGAGGGCACCUUGUCCUCGUUUUGGAACAUCUCACUGUGGGUGGCCCUGGGGGUGUUCACUGCAUUACUGCCUGUCUUACCCAAGCCGGUUGGCAUCCUGUUCUUCCUGGUCUCCCUGAUUCUACGGGCCAUCUACACAAUGGGCCUCGGUCCUGCUCUGUUGUUGUUGGGUACUAUCAAUCUCUUCAAUAAGGUCGUCUUUCUUGUAAGUUUUGUUGGUAACCAGGGGACGUUCACCCGAGGCUACAAAGCAGUGGUUAUGGACAUGCUCUUCAUCUACCAUUUGAGCUACGCCAUGAUCUGUGUCCUGGGCCUCUUCGUGCACGAGUUCUUCUACAGCUUUUUGCUAUUCGACCUGGUGAUCCGGGAGGAGACGCUGCUCAAUGUGAUAAAAAGUGUGACGAGGAAUGGUCGCUCCAUUAUUCUGACGGCUGUCCUGGCCAUCUUCCUCGUCUACUUCUUCUCUAUCAUCGGCUUCCUGUUCCUCAAGGAUGACUUCCGCAUGGAGGUGGAUCGCCUUCCUGCAACAGGAAAAAGGGAUUUAUUGAGUAACAGUGAAGUUCCUGAAACAUGUAUAAAAGAUAGCUGCCCAGUCUCAACAGCCAAAUCUGCUGCUGGUGAUGAUGAUGGGAUAGAGCGGGUGUGCGACACGCUGCUCAUGUGUAUAAUCACAGUGUUGAACCAGGGGCUGCGAAACGGAGGAGGUGUGGGAGACAUUCUCAGGAGACCCUCCAAAGAGGAGCCUCUGUUUGCCGCCCGCGUCGUUUACGAUCUUCUGUUCUUCUUCAUCGUCAUCAUCAUCGUCCUCAACCUCAUCUUUGGUGUCAUCAUCGACACCUUUGCGGACCUGAGGAGUGAGAAACAAAGGAAGGAGGAGAUCCUGAAAACCUCCUGUUUCAUCUGUGGUUUGGAAAGAGACAAGUUCGACAACAAGACGGUGUCGUUUGAGGAGCACAUCAAGUCUGAGCACAGCAUGUGGCACUACCUUUACUUCCUGGUUCUGGUGAGGGUGAAGGAUCCGACCGAGUACACCGGCCCUGAGAGCUACGUGGCUCAGAUGAUUGCGGAGAAGAACCUGGAGUGGUUCCCCCGAAUGAGAGCCAUGUCCCUGGUGAGCAGCGAGGCCGACGGCGAGCAGAACGAGAUGCGCUCGCUGCAGGACAAACUGGACGGCACGGUCACGCUGGUGACUCAGCUCUCAGGCCAGCUGGCCGAGCUCAAGGAACAGAUGACCGAGCAGAGGAAGAACAAGCAGAGGAUGGGAUUCCUGGGUCCUCAGCCCAACCAUCACGUCCCUGCACACUGACGGACUCCAGGUUCACACAGGACACAGACACUCGCCUCUCGGGUGCAGGCCUGCAACAGGAAUGCACUCACACAAACUCCAGCUUAACAAUACACAGAUGUCAACCUACAAUUACUGAUGGCAGCAAGAUUUCACACUCGGUGCCUUUUCUGUGACACAACACGGCCUUAUCGGAUACGGACUGUGCCAUUACGUGCCUGGAGGGGAACCCUUCACAGGAUCUCGUGGGCUGAGGAAGUCGUCCCUGGGAGAGAUUGGCCAGGCACGGCACACAUCUGCCAGUGUCGUGUUAGUGCGCCACUCAGAGACGGAGGGGGGUGUUAAGGUGACUGGUUAAGUGCUGUCAGGUCUGUGGACGGACAUGUCUCGGCCUCCGCUCCUCACCUGCCUCAGCCCGGGCCAACCUGUCGCCCAGAGGUCAGGGAUUGGCUGAGAUAAGAGAGGCCGAGGGUUUUGUGCGUCUCUGAUUGGCCUCCAGGGGGACAAGUGUGAGUACUAACUAUCGACUAUUCACAACUUUACCUUUUUUAGAUGGUAUUUAUAAGAAGAUGUGCUGUUAAUAAACUGGAGUAUUAUUUUUGCAUUUUGGAUAAUAAAAAAAAAAAGGAUUCAUGCUGCCUUACUCAUUUUCUAAUCAGUAAACUGCAAUUACUGAAUGUGCACUAAAAAAAAGGGUAAACAGUCGAGCGUGUAACUGAACUGGAAGCGUAGUUUGGGGUAUUAUUUGUGUGUUUGUGUUGUUUUUUAAAAUGCCUUCGCUGCACCAUUUCAGUCGCCUUUUUUUUUUUACAGAUUUCUAUUAAACUAAAUGUGAAUAAAAAUAAUGACUUGCUCAUAACUUACUUGAAAUUUCUUUUAAAAUCUAAAUCUUAUAUUGGUACAUGAUGUGGUGCUGACUGAUGAUGGUGAGCUUACAGUUCUUUGUUGCAAAAUGGACUUCCUCAUGUUUAUUAAGCUGUCGGCCAAUACUGAAAUCCUCACUGUGUCUGCUCAGAUCAUCUCCUACUGUUUCUUAACGUUUUCUUUUUUUCCUGUAAUUAAUCUUUAUCAGUCCCUGUCGGACUGCAGAUGAUUGUUAAGUCAGAAUUUUUAAAAACUUGCACAUGCGAAUGGCAGAUAGUUGCACUUGAUGGUAACUGUCCUGUGACACUUCCUGUUGAAAUAAACUGUAUAGACAUAUUUUAUGUGGUUGUAAUAAAUUUGUAACAAGACUCAUA